AUGGCGGAAUCCAAGGUGCACGACACCAUUGCGCCGGCGGAGGCGGCCCCGCGCUACCCCUCUGACGGCCACGAGGGUCAGGAGGGCUGGUCCUCCGACUCCUCGAUGAAGACGGUCAUUCAGAAUGCCAAGGCGGCGACGGAAAAGGAGCAGAAUAUGAGUUUGCUACAGGGCAUCAAGUUAUAUCCUAAGGCGGUAGUGUGGAGUGUGAUUAUUUCGACUUGCAUUGCGAUGGAGGGAUACGAUAUUAGUUUGGUCAACAACUUCUACGCUUUUGAUCAAUUCAAUCGCAAUUGGCGGAUGGAACAUAUCAAGUACCGGCCAGGGUAA